AUGGCGUUUACCACUUUAACGGGUAAUAUCACAAAGACCGAAGGUGCCAAAAGGAGUCCAAAUUUCACUUCUCUGGAAAAGGAGGUGCUAGUUGAUGAAAUUGUUGCAAAUCUUUCGUUACUUUUUGGCCAAUUCACCACGAAAAUGACUCCUGAAAUUCAAUCAGAAGCAUGGGGGCGAGUCCUUCUCAAGGUCAACGCAUUGGGUGUGGUUCCUGGCGGAAGAAAGCUAUCUGAAAUUAAGAAGAAGUACCAACAGCUUAAGAGCGAGGUCAAGGCUAAAGGGGCCGCAAAUAAACGAGAGCUGAAUGAGACCGGUGGCGGUGAAAGUGCGUUGUCCCAACUCGACGACCUACAGGAAAAAAUUUUGUCGACUCUCCCUACGGUAUCAGUCGAAGGAAUUUUUGGAGGAUUCGAUUCCAGUGACAAACCUACGAUGAAGACAACUACCGCCCGAAAUCACGUCCCACGAUGCACUCCAUCUUCUCGAAGUGAACAAGACCCGUCAAUAAAUGAGUCUCCUCGCCCCACAAAACGCAAGCUUCCCGAGACCACGUUGUACCAGCUGCAAACACGUCAAGUUACCUUACUGGAAACUCAAGUUAAGGAACUGAAGCGUAUUGGUGAUCUCAUGCAGCAACGAAACAAUAUUGAGGAAGAAAAAUUGAAACUCAAGCGCAAGAAAUUUGAAUCGUCCCAAUUCCCGAACUAUGUGGUCCAAUUAACAGAUGGUCAAUGUGUUCGUUCUUCAGAUGUGAACAGCUGCAUUUGA